AUGGAUGAAAUAUUCUUGGACCCAACGACGGGGCUACCGAGCAAAGAUGGCCUGCGAAGCUUCGUUGUUUGCGGGAUGGGCGGUCUUGGAAAAACCGAGAUCGCGAAAGAAUAUAUGUUUUCCAGGAAGGACAGGUUUGAUGCCAUCUUCUGGCUAAACGCUGACACUCCACAAAAGCUCAACCUUGGAUUCGCCCAAAUAUCUCGGGCCCUGGGUCUGGAGAACGGCUUGAAUGUCAAGGGUGAUGAGAUCGCUAGCCGUGAAAUUGUGAAAGGAUGGUUGAUGAAACCUAUCAUUGCUGCUAAUCAAGGAACUCCCAGGGCAGACGAGGAAGCUUCUUGGUUGAUUAUUUUCGACAAUGUGGAAGACCGGGAUAUCAUCUUGGAAUCUUGCAGAAAGAUUGUGGAGCUCCUCGGAGGACUACCGUUGGCAAUUACGCAGAUGGGCGGCAUCAUUCGUCGUCGGCAUCUUUCACUCGAGGAUUUCCUGAUUUACUAUGAAAAGGAUGCAAAACGGCUCCAUGAGAUGCAGGUUCCAGGCCAAAAUCCAACGUAUAAUCAGACGGUCUCGUCUGUUUGGAUGCUGGAUGCACUGUCCAAAGAAGCUACCUCGUUAUUGCAGGUAUUGUCGUUUUUCGAUCCGGACCGCAUUUCUGAAGAAAUCCUAUUGGGCAACACCAAACAUGUCGAUGUUCCACAUUGCCCAAAAACAAGAAUUGUUUAUUUCGACGCUCGCAUCGAACUCAUUCAAAGUUCUCUGAUUCUUCGAGACAUCAAGAAUAAUGAGCUUUCUAUCCAUCGACUAGUCCAAGAAGUGGUUAGGAAGAAGCUCACGGAUGAGAAAUGGUAUGUCGUAUUUGGAAGCGUUAUUGCAUUGCUGUCCAAUUGCUGGCCUUCCAUCAACUUUGAUCAGCGGAACAUGGUCGAUCGUCUCAUCAAAUGCGAGUCUCUCUUUCCACAUGUUGAACGGAUCCGAGUACUGUUCGAGGACGCUAUCAAAUCAAAGAAAUUUAAACCUAGCAAUAGGUGUGCAGCUCUGUUUAAUGAAGUCGCGUGGUAUCGACUUGAAAGAGCGUAUGACGACGAGGCUGGCAUCUACGCAUCCCUAGCCCUUGAAAUUCUCAACCAAAUUCCGAAAGAAGACAUUGAGAAAAGCGAAGAGCUGAACAAAAUGCUCUCAGAGAGCCACCAGUAUUUCGCAGUCUCUUACAUUUUUACCGAUACCUCCGGAAGCCUUGACGAAAUCCAAGCGGUAAUAGACUUGGUGAUAGACCGCAUCAAAAAAUGGAAUCGGGAAGAGGAUGCGAUCCAGCUGGCGGAAUCGUACAAUGUAUGUGGCAUGGCUCUUGGACGCAGUAAGGAAUACGAUAGAGCAAUCCAAUCCUGGUGGGAAUCUUAUGACGCCUUUGGCAAUAUCACCAGCGAUAACAAAUUGCUACGACAAGAAUGGCCGGCAAUCCAUUUGGCGAUCAUGUAUUCUCUGCGCAACGAAGGGAAGAAAGGCGAGGACAUCUUGUUGCCAGUUUUGAAGGCACGCGAGGAGGGGUUUGGGAAGGAUGAUAAGACCUCCAUGGUAACCGGAAAAGCUCUUCAUGCACUGGGGGAUGCUCGACGUGCCCAAGGAUCGUUGGACGAUGCCGUCGACCUCUUCCAACGAGCUUUGGUGAUUUUCAGAGCCACGAUCGGGGACAACCAUUUCAUCACCGCAGAUACUUGCUACCGUCUAGCAGAACAGUUCAUCAGGACAGGGCAAAGUCAAGAAGCAAAUCAAUUGCUGGAGCAAAGUAUCAAGGUCUAUCGCGAUAUCAGGUGGUAUAAGCCUCAAGCGGCACGCUCUUCUUUCAUGAAGGGAAGAUUGCUCAAAGCCAUUGGGAACAUUGUGGAAGGAGACGCGCAGUUGAGAAGUGCAAUGGAGCUCCGACGAGAAAUCGUGCCAGCUGACAAUCGGACUGUGGACCAACUCACAGACCAAGAUUUUGACGAACUGGUUUGGUAUUAUUCAAGAUGAUCAUGAGGAAGGAGAAGAAUUUGCUAGUUCUAACAAGAACACAGAUUGGCGAAAAGGAACAAAGUGCGGGAUGGGCAAAGCAAAAUGCGUUUUCGAAGCAUUUAAGUCUCCAAAAU